CUUAUAAGACUACCAUUAAAACCGAAACUAAGAACAAAAAUUACAUGAUAAACUAUCUUAUUCAUAAAAAAAAAACUAACUUAUUAAAGCAUAAAACUAAAAAUUUAAGCAUCAAGGAGAUUGGUUUCUUCAUUAGCUUGGUCGGUGACAGAGGCGACUUCGCCGAUAGGUAGGAGUUCUUGGUCAUUAGGCGGUUGGUGGUUAGCGGCUUCAGCGGCUCUUCUCAAUGCUGCUCUUUGGGCUAUGGCUGUUGCUUUUGCGGCUUUGGCUUCUGCUUUAGCGUUUCUGGCUUGGGUGGCUCUGUCUUUUGCUUCAAAAAUCUCUUGGUCCCAUCGUUCCAGAAGCUCAUUUAAUCCACCAACCGGAUUGAUAACAGGCCCAUCUGAUGAUCUUCAGACCCAUCAUGUGGAAAAACUCUAGGGGGCGAGUUCCAAGCAAGAAGAACGAAGCUAGUACGCCGGUACACCCAAGAAUAGCCACCCAAUACGUAAACUGAUCUGUGCUGACCAGGAGGAGAAUGACCAUGGAAGCUAGACCCAAUAGUAAGGAUACGACAUGGAGAGUCUUCUUGUACCAGAACCAGAUGUAGGGGAUAGAAAUCUCGUACGCCUUGAAGCUUAGGUACAGAACAAACAACACACCGAAGACGAACAGUCUCACAGUGGGCUUCUCAUUUGGUUUCUUGGUUGCGGUGUUAUCGUUCCUUGAAGCUGCUAUUGCUGUGAACACCAGUGCGAUGACAAGAGAAUUGAUCAACAAAGCGUGGAGAGCAUCGAACACGGUCUUGUGCCUGAAACAAGUUAAAACAAACAACAUCAGAUCUUUAAAUUGUUGAGAUAAGCUUGAAUCAAGAGAUAGCUUGAGAUGCAAGCAAAAGAUCUAAUCCUAUUAUGUUUGAGUCUUAUAAUAUAUUUAGGAGUUAUCUAAGAUAUGUUAUCUAAUAGGAUUAGGAGUUUAUAAUCUCUAUAUAAAGGAUAUGUCAAAGUGUGACAUAAUGUGUGGGAUUUAGAGAUUGAGAGCUUAAGUUUUUGAGUGAGUUUUCUUAAGCAUUAAUAAAGAGAGUUAGUCUUUAUACAAUCUUUGAAUUCUAUAUUUGGUAUCAGAGCCAAGAAGAAGAGAUGAGUGGAAAAAUUGUUGAUGCGGCGGCAACACUAAAACCGAAAGAAGGAGGAUCCUCCUCCAUACGAUGUCCAAUGCUUACCACGACCAAUUAUACGGUAUGCGCACUACAGGAAAUGUGGGUAUUAAUAGCGUCGUAGCAUAGCGUUUUUUGCUUCUCUGCUAUUGUGUAUAAAUACAGGCCUUUAUAAUAGCGUUUUUGAAAUGUAUAAGCUAUCUUUGUAGUCGCGGGAAAAUAAAAUAAUUCAGCCGCGUUAAUUUGGUAAGUGGAGGCGCCUUACCAUUGCAAAUCAAAAACUAAAUGCUAUCGUAUAUGAAAAAAUAUAUUAAAAAUAACUUAAGUAUUAAUCGAAACCGAGACUUCAUUCUCUUCACUUCACUCUCUUCACAUUCCUCAAAAUCAAAACCGACUCAUCGAAGUUCUUCAGAGUUCUCUCGAGUCGAAGCUUCAAUUGGUAUGAGUUUCGAUUUGAUUCUGAGUUUAGAAUAGAGACUGGUUCUCUCGAGUCGAAUCUCUUUGAUUUUGGGUUUCUCUUUGAUUCAAAUCUCUUUUCACAUGCAUGUCCGCGUUAACACAUGAUUCGAUUUUGAUUGUGGGUUUCGAUUAGGUUUCGAUUAGGUUUUGAAUAUGAUUGUGGGUUUCGAUUAGGUUUUGAAUAUGAUUGUGGGUUUCAGUUUGAUUUUGAAUAUGAUUGAAGGUUUCGAUUUGAUUUUGGGUUUAGAUUUUUUGAUCGAAUGGCUUGAUUUGAUUUUGGAUUUGUUUAUCAGUUUCAGAAAUGGCAAAGACAAGAGGACAAGUUGGUUCUCGUCGGAGUAAACGUAAUCAAGGCUUGGAGGUAGUAGAUCAAGAGGACAAGGCACCGCAACUAAAAGUGAAGAAAAGAACAGCAAAGAAAACGGCUUCCCCUAAAAAGAAUUUAGUUUUAACGCCAACGAGAAGAAGUAGUAGAAUCAAGAAAGUGGCUGCUGAAGAUGAUUACAUAGAAGAUGUAACACCUCCUAAGGAUGAUGAGGUAGAAGAUGUUACACCUCCUAAGGAUGAUGAAGUACAAGAUGUAACACCUGCUCAGGAUGAUGAAGUAGAAGAUGAUCAGGCUGAGAAGUCAAUGUCUGAAGAAGAUAAAGACGAUGAAGAGGAUGUCAAUGGGAAAGAGGAUGAAGAAGAUGGCGAUGUCAAUGGGAAAGAGAAUGAAGAAGAUGGAGAUCUCAAUGGGAAAGAGAAUGAAGAAGAACCGGCCAAUAUGGAAGAUGAUGGAGUUCUUAAUGAGAAAGGGAACGAAGAGGAAGCUUGCGAAGAAGAAGCUCGCGAUAUGGAAGAAGAUGGCACUGCGCAAGAUGAUGAGAUUCCUAGUACUGAAGGAGUUGAGCUAGCAGGGGAGGAAGUUUCAAAAAAAAAUAAAAGAGGACCUACAAAGUUGCGUAGAGUGGCUGAAAAUCCCAAUGAUAAGAUUAUGGUCACAUUCAAUGACAUUGGUGAGCAUGUUGGACCUGGUUCAGUAACCCUAUCGUCGUUUCUUGGUCCUCUUGUGAGGGAACAUGUUCCGGUUACACUUGCCGAUUGGAGAAAACUUGAUGCAGCGACUAAAGCAACAAUGUGGGAAGAAAUUCAGGGGAGGUUUAACUUGCAAGAAGAGUGGCAGAAAGCUGUUAUUUUCAAGCAGCUGGGAAAUGUGUGGAGGGCUGGGAAGUCAAGGCUGGUGUCACAAGUACGUGUGGCGAAGACUGCAGCUGAGAGAAUAGCUUUAAAACCGAGCAACAUCCCAUCCCUUCAACUGUGGAACACUUGGGUUAAGAGUAAGACUACCAAAUCUUUCACAGAAACGAGUAACAAGUACAGAGCGAUGAGAAGAAAUCAGAUUCCUCACACCACCAGCCGCAAAGGAAUGCUUCGUUUAGCUGAUGAUAUGGUAAAAGAGUAGUCAAACAUCUACAUAUUGUAGAUCAGCUUGUUAGAUUAAAAUGGUAGUGAGAUAUGUUUGUUUUCAUAUAGAAAAAAAAGAGUAAAGACCCAAGUAAGGUGAGUAGAUCCAAGGUUUGGAUUGCGGGACACACUCAUGCUGAUGGCAGACCUGUGAAGCCCCAGUUUGCUGAGACUAUUGUAAGCAUUAUGGAAGUUGUAUAUUGUGUAUAGUUAAUAGACUAUGGCAAUGAAUGAUUUUGUGUUUAAAUGAUUGUAUCAGGAACAAAUACAGUCACUUGACAGUCGGAUGGACUCCACAUCAGCUGCUGAUAACAUAAGGGAAGAUGCUGUGAGCAAGGUUUUGGGAAAAGACAAACCUGGACGAGUAAGGGGCUUUGGUAGAGGGAUUACAGCUAAUAAGCUAGCAUAUCUGCAAUUUAGAGACGCUAAGAUUGCAGAAAUGAAAAGUGAGAUUAAAGGGGAUGGUGCGAGAAUUAGCUGAGAAGAAGGUAAUCCUUUUCAUUACCUUUGGUCAAUUAGUUUUAAGAAAUUUACGAUUUCCGUUGCCUUUUCUCAGAAAAGUAAUGUUGAUGCUGAAACAUCUGAGAGUAGUGGUGGAUUCAAAGAAGGAGCCAGAGUACAAAUACUGGAUUGGAUUGAAUCAGAGGAUGUUGUUGUUGGUGAAGGAGAAUUCUGCUCUGCUGAACCGAAGUACAAAGUUGGUCGUAUACCAAUUGGUCCUAAUGCAGUGGCUAUCGUAGUUAAGUAUGCACUAAGCGCAUCAGCUUCACUCUAGAGGCCUACUACGGAUGUGUUAACUCUUGAUGAAGCUGUGGGAUACAAGAUAUCUUGGCCAAUGGAUAAAGUGAUUUUGGAUAAGGAUCCAAACUGUUCUGAAGAUUUAUCUAUGCAAAGCAAGGAAGGUGAAUAUCGAAGAUGCAAGAUAUAUGAUUGGACCAAUGAUGAGGACGAGGUCAUUGCUGAAGGUCUCGUGUGCUCUUCAAAAUCCAAAGACAUGGUUAACAACAUACCUCUGGGUCCCAAUGCUGUUAGUGUCGAAGUAGUGAAGGUGUUCAAUGAUCAAGCAUAUUUGUGGAGGCCAACCGCUGAUAUGUUCUUGAUUGGUGAUGCACUUAGCGAGAAAAUAGCAUGGCCAGUCCUAAAGGUUGAAGUCAUGCCUACACCUGCUACAGAAGUAACACCAACUAAAUGUGCAGGGAAGAAAAUAGCAUCACCUUCGAAGCCAGCCAAGAAAAAAGCAGUGGUAUGUAAUUGACAUGAAGUUAAAUUUUUUUAUUUGCCUGAUGAUUGAUGUUGCGUCCUUGAUUGAUGUUGGAACUUGCUUCUGUCAUCUUGUUUGAGUUGUAGAGUCCAGGCAGCACUAGUUCGACCAGAAGUCCGAAGCAGAAGUGCACUCUCUUGGAUUGCAACAACUCUGGACGUAAGGUAGCUGAAGGAAGGGUAGCUUCAACGGAUCCGAAUGAGUUGUGCCACUUUGUACCCCUAGGUCCAAAUGCAAGCAAGGUGUGGAUUGAUGUGGCUAAGAUCGGUGAUGCAAAAGUCUGGAGGCCAAAUUCAGAGAUUGAAUACAUAUCUGAUGCAAUGGGUUCGGUUGUGGCAUGGCCAAAUGACAAAAUCAAGUUUGUCUAAAAUUGUCGUCUGAAACAUUUUUCAAGUUGGUUCUCAUCGGCUAUGUAUUUCUAGUGUGUGAUCGAAUGUUUAGGUACUUUUUUACUCGGUUGAAAUCAUGUAUGAUAUUAUGUAACAGUUAGCAGACAAAAAAACAAAAAUUAUGUGUUAUAUUAUGAUAUAAGGUUAUGUGUGAAAAUGUUUAGCUUGUUAACCCCUAUACCCUUAAGUGCAUAAUUUUACAUUAAACCAUAAGCUUUAAAAAUUAAAUCCACAGACGGGAAGACCAAAAAUUAAAAUC